AUAAAUCUGCUGACUCUCCCUGCCCCUUGUGGAAAUGAAAUAAAUAAUAAAAGAUGCGCCUCUCUGCUGAGUCAUGCGUUGUGCCUCACAAAAAUGAUAUCUCUAGCCUGGACUGUCCACUUUGACCCUGUGCGCUCUUAACGUUUUGCAGUGUGAUGCUCCACGUAUGCCAGCGAACGUCUUUUCGCCGCAUCCCGAGCUCUGAGUGGUGGAAAGGCGCACAGGAGAGGAGGCAACUGUCUGGAGCAGAAGGAGCUGUCCUAUAUUUCGCCUUAUGAUGAUCGCUGCGGCGUUUUUGGUCCUGCUAAGGCCAUACAGCAUUCAGUGUGUGCUGUUGCUUCUGCUGCUUUUGCUCGGGACUAUUGCGACGAUUUUAUUUUUCUGCUGCUGGCAUCGCAGGCUCCGAAAUGGGAAACAUCCUAUGAAAUCUGUGCUCUCCGGUGGACGCUCCAGGAGUCGCGUUGGUCUCCGAACGCAUCAUUUUCGAUCGGAGGGUUUCAGACACAGUCCACGUCACUUAAGAAGGACCGUGCAUGCCCGAGUGACGGAAGAAAAGCCCAGUCUGGUCGAGGUUCCAGAGAGUGAACCCGAUGUAUCCUCGACCGUGAGAAAACGUAAAGUCAAGAAGAGACUCCCGCCAGAGUUUUACCAAUCUGUGCAAGUCACUCCCACUCGUAAAGCUAGCUCUAGUUCGGGGAACCCUUCCCUGCACUGUUCCAUGUCUUCCUCGGCAGACAUCUCGGACGAGGAUGACUACAGCAGCGUCAAAUCCGGAUCGGCGUCGCCGGCACCCGGCGACACUUUGCCCUGGAACCUGCCGAGACACGAGCGGUCCAAGAGGAAGAUCCAGGGAGGAUCCGUACUGGAUCCAGCUGAGAGAGCUGUGCUCAGGAUCGCAGAUGAAAGAGACAGAGUGCAGAAAAAGACCUUUACAAAAUGGAUAAAUCAGCAUCUAUUCAAGGUACGAAAGCACAUAAAUGACCUGUAUGAAGACUUACGAGAUGGACAUAACCUGAUCUCACUGCUGGAGGUUUUGUCUGGAGACACACUGCAAAGGGAGCGUGAUUUUCUGAAGACGUUGCGGUUGGUGAGUGGGAGAGAAGCAUGUGCGGUUGAGCAGCAUGGAGACACGGUGGAUGAUGAUGAUGAUGAUGAUGAUAAGGGGCCUCGGGAGAGAGGAAGGAUGCGCUUCCACAGACUCCAAAAUGUACAAAUAGCUCUGGAUUAUUUAAAGAGGCGACAGGUCAAACUUGUAAAUAUCAGGAACGAUGACAUCACUGACGGAAAUCCAAAGCUGACCCUGGGAUUGAUCUGGACCAUCAUUUUGCACUUUCAGAUCUCGGAUAUCCACGUCACAGGGGAGUCUGAGGACAUGACGGCCAAGGAGAGACUACUGCUCUGGUCUAAACAAAUAACAGAUGGCUAUGUAGGCGUACGAUGUGACAACUUCACCACUUCCUGGAGGGAUGGGAGGCUGUUUAAUGCCAUCAUUCACAAAUACAGGCCAGAUCUGGUCGACAUGAGCCGGGUGUCGACGCAGACCAACCGCUCCAAUCUGGAGCAGGCCUUUACCGUAGCUGAACAGUUGGGGGUGGCCAAGCUGCUCGACCCCGAGGACGUUGAUGUUCAGUCACCGGAUGAGAAGUCUGUGAUUACAUACGUCUCAACUCUGUAUGACGCCUUCCCCAAAGUACCGGACGGUGUCGAUGGAAUAAAUCCUAAUGACGUUGAUAUCAAAUGGGUGGAGUACCAGAACAUGAUCAAAUACCUCAGCCAGUGGAUAAAACAUAAUGUGGCCGUUAUGUCAGAUAGAUCUUUCCCCAACAAUCCUGUGGAACUCAAGGCACUUUAUACGCAGUAUCUGCAGUUCAAAGAACAUGAAAUACCACUAAAAGAAAAUGAGAAAACAAAAAUCCAAAAUCUCUACAAAAUGCUGGAGACGUGGAUCGAGUUUGGACGUAUUCAGUUACCCCCGAGCCAUCAUCCAAAUGAUGUGGAGAAGGAAUGGGGUAAAUUAAUUGUUGCUAUGCUGGAGAGAGAAAAGACCCUGCGGCCAGAACUGGAAAGGCUUGAGAUGCUGCAGCAGAUUGCCAACAGAGUCCAGCGAGACUGUGUUAAUGGAGAAGACAAGCUGGCACUGGCGAGAGCAGCUCUGCAGUCUGAUACAAAACGUCUCGAGUCAGGGAUUCAGUUCAUGAACGAGGCUGAGGUCGCAGGCUAUCUGCUGGAGUGUGAGAAUAUCCUCCGACAACAAGUGGUGGACAUCCAGAUUCUCCUGGAUGGGAAAUUUCCGUUCGCGGAUCAACUUGUUCAGAGGGUCUCCCGACUCCGUGACGAUCUCUUGGCCCUCAGAGCCGAGUGCUCCACUGUGUACAGCAAAGGUCGCACCCUGACGACAGAGCAAACCAAGCGCAUGAUCUCCGGCAUCACGCAGAGCCUGAACUCCGGCUUUCCACAGAGCAUUAACUCCAGCUUCACAUCAGACAUUACUCCUUCUCUCACAUCAGGGGGUUUGGGUACCCCCGGAUCCACAUUCACCUCCGGCCUCACCCCGAGCCUCAACUCAUCGCUGAGCUCACCUUUGACCCCUUCCCUGACACCAAAUCUGCCGCCGGCUUCCGUCCCGAGCUACAUGGGGAGCGGGGGCGGCAUGGAGCCUGGUAACCUCAUGCAUCUGAAGCACAUGCAGAUCAGGAAGCCGCUGAUGAAGUCGUCACUGGCGGACCCCAGCAUGACGGAGGAGGAGGUCAACCUGAAAUAUGUGCAGGACCUCCUGAACUGGGUGGAGGAGAUGCAUUUGCAAUUGGAGCGCUCGGAGUGGGGAACCGAUUUGCCCAGUGUGGAAAUGCAUUUGGACAACCACAAGAGCGUGCACAGAGCCAUUGAAGAAUUUCAAAUGAGUCUCAAAGACGCUCGACUGAGUGAAAUUCAGAUGAACAUGCCACUAAAGCUGACCUAUUCAGACAAACUGAACAAACUCGAAAAGCAGUACGAACAGCUGUUGAGCUCUUCGAGGGAUCGGCAGAACCACCUGGAAAGCCUUCAUGACUUUGUGUCGCAGGCGACUCAGGAGCUCAUCUGGCUGAACGAGAAAGAGGAAGAGGAGGUCGCCUUCGACUGGAGCGAUCGCAACUGCAACAUCUCGCAGAAAAGAGACUACCAUGCUGACCUGAUGAGGGAACUGGAUGAAAAAGAGGACACCAUUAAGUCUGUGCAGGACAAGGCAGAGCGCCUCAUGCUGAAGAACCACCCAGCCAGACUAACCAUUGAAGCAUAUAAAGCUGCAAUGCAGACACAGUGGAGUUGGAUUUUGCAGCUCUGCUCCUGCGUCGAACAGCAUCUUAAGGGAAAUGCUGUAUAUUUUGAGUUCUUCAGUGAUGCCAAAGUGUCCAUGGACUACCUUAAGAACCUAAAAGAUUCAAUUCAGAGAAAAUACAGCUGUGAUCAAUCGAGCAGCCUGCACCGGCUGGAGGAUCUGAUUCAGGAGUCCAUGGAUGAGAAAGAGCAGCUUCUUCAGUACCGUAGCACUGUCGCCGGGUUAGUGGGCAGGGCCAAAAACAUUGUGCAACUCCGGCCGAGAAACCCUGAAAUUCCCUUGAGGUCCUCCAUUCCUGUCAGAGCGAUAUGUGAUUAUCGUCAGAUAGAGAUUACCAUUGAUAAAGAUGACGAGUGUGUUUUGGUGAGCAACUCUCACCGGGCCAAGUGGAAAGUCAUCAACCCAGCAGGGAAUGAGGCCAUGGUUCCCUCUGUUUGCUUCACCGUGCCUCCACCCAACAAAGAGGCUGUUGACUUGGCAGCGAGAACUGAACAGUUAUACCAAAAUGUCCUGACUCUGUGGCACCGCUCCCAUGUCAACAUGAAGAGCGUUGUGUCCUGGCAUUACCUAAUGGCUGACAUACGGGCCAUCCGCAACUGGAACGUAGCCUCGAUAAAGACGAUGUUGCCUGGCGAGCAUCAGCAGGUCCUGGGCAACCUCCAGUCCCACUUCGAUGAGUUCCUGGAGGACAGCAAGGAGUCUGAGGUGUUUACAGUGGCAGACUGUGCACAGCUGGAGAGAGACGUGGCAGCCUGUAAGGAGUACUACCAGGAACUGCUCAGAUCCGCAGAGAGAGAAGAACACGAGGAGUCGGUGUACAAUCACUACAUCUCAGAAAUCCGCAACAUCCGUAUGCACCUAGAAUCCCACGAGGAACACCUAAUCAGGCAAAUCCGAUCACCGCUGGAGAGAGAUGACCUGGAGCAGAGUCUGCAGCGCAUCACUGAACACGAGAGUAAGAUGUCUGAGCUGGAGAGGCUGAAGGGCGAUCUGGAUGUCAUGAGGGAGAAGUGCGAGCAGUUCUUCAGACAGGCUGCAGGCUCUCCGUCUGUGUCCACGCUUUCCUCUGAACUUUCUGUCCUCGUUCAGAGCAUGAGCCAAGUGUACUCCAUGUCCUCUAUUUAUAUGGACAAACUGAAAACAGUGAGUUUGGUGGUGAAGCACAGUCAGAGCGCAGAGUCUCUCGUUAAAGCCUACGAGUCCAAACUAUAUGAAGAGGAUGCCGUCAACUCGGAUGUCAAAUCCAUUGAAAGUGUGAUUUCUACGCUUAAGCAAUGGCGGACGGAGAUCGACGAGAGGCAGGAAGUAUUCCACGACAUGGAGGAUGAGCUUCAGAAAGCUCGCGUCAUCAGCGAUCGCAUGUUUAAAGCCCAUAACGAGCGAGACUUUGACCUGGACUGGCACAAGGAGAGGGCGGACCAGCUGAGUGAAAGAUGGCAGAACAUUCACUCCCAGAUUGAUAGCAGGCUGCGGGACCUUGGUGGAAUCAGCAAGUCUCUGAAACACUACAGAGACUCCUACAGCAGUGUGGAUCAGUGGAUCUCAGAACUGGAAACGGCACAGCUGAAAGCCCAAGAAAACAAACCUGAUGACAGCAAGGCUCUUGCUGAGAUAUUAAACAAACAGAAGGUUCUUGUUGCUGAAAUGGAACAAAAGCAAAACAGAAUUGAUGAGUGUCAGAAAUAUUCGGAGCAGUACUCGUCUGCUGUUAAGGAUUAUGAGCUGCAGCUAAUGACAUUCAGAGCGAUGGUUGACUCCCAACACAAGUCCCCUCUUAAAAAGCGGAAGAUGCAGAGCUCCUCUGAUGCCAUUCAGCAGGAGUUCAUGGACCUCCGAACCCGCUACACUGCUCUUGUGACUCUUAUGACCCAGUAUGUGAAGUUUGCCAGUGAAACGCUGAAAAGAGCCGAAGACGAGGAGAGGUCAGUUGAUGAGGAGAAGCGAGAGCAUGGUGAUAAAGUUAGCAAACUGUUGCACUGGAUGUCCGAUGUGAAGCGGACCGUGAACAAUGACGGGAAUGGUCCGAAAGAUAGUAAUGCCAACACAGACGCCUCAAAUAAACACCAGGUUUCAGUUGAAGAAAUGGCUUCCAAAAAGGAGCAAAUUGCAGAAGCACUGAGGGCCACACAAACAAUGCUGAACAAACAUGGUGACAAGAUGACGGAGGAGGACAGGAGGAAGACCCAGGAGCAGCUGAAUGCUCUCACUCAGGCCUACAGUGAAAUCUCUCAGCAGUGUUCAGAUCAAACGACCUCUGCAGAAGAGAAUUUAAAGACAUCCAGGGCUGGAGCCACAGGAGAAGUGUUUGAUCACUUUGCUUCUGCCGCUCUCCCAGACACGCUCGCAGGCUGCAACCCCUGUUCCUCUGAGCCUCAUGUUCAACUGGACUGGGAAGAUAGUGUCCAAAAAAAUCACAUCUACACAUCAGCACUGCAACAUUCCCCCCAGUAUGAAUCAAGCAAGUGCAUACAAAGUUCACACAUUUCCUCUGUGUCUCCGAGUGAUGUAGCAGCAGCUAGGGAGGCUUCUACCAGUCGGGGUCUGUGCAUGAGGAUAAUAAAGAUAAACCAGAUUGACGACGGACUGGAUGCGUCCUACACAGGAGACACGCUGAUGGUAGAGAGGGCGUUUCACUGUGGGUUGAUUCCUGCCUCUACGUAUUUAAAAAUUCUGGAAAGGCAGAAAGUUAUGAGAAUUUCUGAUGGUUUGUCUUUCUGUGAGCCUGAAGAGGAGCUUAAGCUCAACGAAGUUCAUGGCCUCGUUCUUGGGUGCCUCGGUAAAAAUGAACCGCCUUCCUCGGAGAGGAAAAUUAACCCGCUGAGGUCUGAAUCAGGUUCAAGUGAUCAGGUGACCACAUUAGGGUGCGAUGAUUGUUCUGGGAUUGUCCACAACAAUGACGAUGUGAGGGUGGAUGUAGCAGUUCAGUGUGAUUUGAUGAGCUCCAGCAGCACCCUCGUAGGGUUGGGACACCAGCAGCAGUUUUUGGGACUUGUACUGCCCCCUACUGGGGAAAUCACAGGCAACUCAAUGCUGCGUGACCACCAAAUCACCACCAGUGAGUUCACCAGCACACUGCUCAGUAGUCGAGGAAAAAUAGCUGCCAUUUACAUUCCAGGAAGCUCAGAGAUAAUAGAAAUAAACUCUGCUGCCAAAAAGGGUCUGAUUGACAGCUGCACAGCAGACAUGGUGAGAUCUGUUGAAAUUCCUGACUCACUGCCUGACUUUGAGCACCUUCAUGAGACCUAUUCGUCGUGGCUCAUGUAUAAAAUGCUUUCAGUGGAUGGACGGCAUCGUUCUGCAGCUGUUCCAGAUCCGACCCCUCCCUCUCCAUCAGAGGCAGAGCAGCUGUUCAUCUCUUACUUGAUGAUGAACAGCUACGUCGAUCUCAGAUCAGCCCAGAGGAUUUUGAUUCUUGACAGUCGGUGUCAAACUUUUCUUCGAAAUUUUACUCACUUUACUUUUAACCCCAGUUAUGAUUCGGAACAGGCAGAUGUACAAAUGUUGCUCAUAAAUGAGGAAACGGAGCAAGUAACGGAAAACCCACAGAAUCAUUUUGAUUUUAUCUAUGAUAUCAAUUGCCCAACUACCCCUGAUGAAAACUCUCAACAUGAAUCAGAGCUGAAUAAUUUAGUCUGUCUGGUUAAUAAAGCGGUGACUUGCAAAGAAAAAAUUGUCACUGAUGUUCAACCUCUGAAACGAGAUUUUACGUAUGAACUCGUACAGGUUAAUGGCAUUGAACCUAACGUAAACAGAGAAACUACUGUUCAUUUCAAACGGGCCACACAGCGUUUCCAGUGUGGCUCCGGGAACGCUGACAGUAACAGCCUUGAUGACACAGCUUCUCUAGAGACACCAUUGCCUCCGACUUCAUACUCUGCAAAGAGUAAAAAUGCUGAUUCAACAUUUAAUUAUGAAUCUGCAAUAAAGUUUGAUCAAGAGACUCUGCCAAAUUGCAAUGCAGAGUCACUAUGCAGAAAAUCAACCAAUGAUGAUGUAACCCAGUCUUACUUGUUAUGCUCUUCUGAUAUGAUUGAAGGCGAGGACAACUUUAACUGUACCCUUCGGGUUCAAAACGACCAAGUGGAGGAAGAGGGUAAUUUUACUGACCCCUUGGGAUCUUUAAAGAACUUUAUGGCUGAACAGGCUGUACCAGAGCUAAAUAACAUGCAGUCAGACAAAAAAAUCAGUGCGCUAGGACUCAAUGAAGACACGUUAGACCUGGAACAAAUAGACAUUUGUCAGACAGAACAGGAGAGCUCUUUGAAAUCUGAUUGCACUAUUACUUACAGCAAUGCAUUGAAAUUUGGAUUAGGUGAAACUGAGCCGGUUGUCAUGGAGCUAAAAUCCUGCUCUUUCUCUGGAGAAAACGUCAAUUCUGACACCUUGCAGGGUCACACUGUGAGUUGGAGUCAGAUGUACGGAGCUGAAAACGUGCAGCUGCAGACGACGAGGGGAGCGGCUGUCAUGGCGCUUGAUUUACCAAAUGAGGAAGACAAUAAAGACACUGAGGAUGCUGAUAAAGAAGGAAAUGCGGGAACAAUGAGUAAUCAAACACACUGUGGUGACGAGUCCGAGGUGAUCUCACCCUCCUCUUUGAUUCCUGCUUCUGGAAACGUUUUUCUUACAGACACUCUGCCUUUGAUGGCUAAAGACUGUGACUCACGGGUUUCACUCGACGGGCAGCUGACAGGUGGAGCUGAUGUCCGUGGUUUUGUCGAAGAGUACGCUGCUCCUGUGACGGAAUCAGACUUGUCGAAUAUAAGUGGCAUGAGCACUGACUCACAAAGCCAGCCUCAGCAUGCAGCAUCUGUCACAUGUUGCUCUGAUAAAUCUAAGAGCCAGACCAUUGAUGAGCUUUCCAUUGAAGGGAAUGACUUCCAGAAAGAAUCUCAUGCUGUCAGUGAGAGUGAAUUAGGGACAACUGCAUCAUUGUGCAGUGAUUUCUGCUUAGAAACGGAACCCAACACAAAUAUUUGCUCAUAUUUAAACAGUGAGCCAGCUCAGAGGCUCCACCAUUUGCCCUCUUGGAAUUUAGUUGAAGGUGCAUUUAUUUUGGCUUCAGCAGACGAAGGUAUCAGUGAAAUGAAUCGUGCAGGAGCUGCAGGCACAUGUGCAUCACCUCAGCCAGAUGUGCUUCAUUUAACAGCAGAUUUAAGGACUGAAUCUCAACCUGUUUGUAGGCAAAUCUCUCAGAGAGCACGUGCUUUUCUUUCUGACACACCUGCACAGCAAUCAGACACCCCUCCUUCCAGUCAUGAAUGUGAUGUGGAAGAUCCAUCAAAGGCUACCAAAUAUGCAUUAGAGCCAAACGGCAAUUGUGGAAAUGAAAUUAACGUUAAAACAAACAAGAAGAGGCUUUCUCCAGAGAAGCAGCACGAUGACACUUUCGUGAUCUCCAGUGAGGCUGUGGAGAUUUCGGUAUCAAAGCAGGAAAAAGUCGAUAAUAAUGUAAAUGUGUCCUGUUUGAAUCAAACUUGUGAAACCUCAAACGUUCACUUGAGGCAACCUGAAACUGAAGGAUUGGGAUCAGAUCGUCAAUCGGAGAGAACUGCUGAUCUGCCUAACGGCAGCAUUACAUCCUCUGUUUGCUGCUCAAGUCAGUCCACGUUUUAUAAAGCCGUAAAGGUUUUAAUAGAUGAGCAGGAGGACACCCAACAAACUGAAGACAAUCUACAACCUAUAGAAAAAGACAUUUUUCAGGGAAUAAAUGAGAACAGUACCUCAGAUCAAACCAGCAGCGACACCAGAAGCUCAGAACUGACAUGUGAGGAAGAUGAGGCCUGUGAAAUCAAAGAACAGGACAAUCCUUCAAAUAUCCAGCAGCAGCUCCUGCAGCUUUUUAAGACGGUCUCUUUGAGCCAAGACUUUUCAGUGCUUCAAGAAAUGGUGGAAAGCCUGAGCAGCGCUCUGGGGGGCGACACUCGGGAGGAAUGGCUGCGCACUUUGGAGAGCAUCAAGGAGGAGAGCUCUGAGGGAGAGGACGAAGAGUCUGCACAUGAUCCAGGCAUCUGGGAUCCUGCUGAAGGAGCUCGCCGACCGUCCACUUGGGGGUCCGACAGCUCGGAUGUUUACAAAGCUGAAGAGGUCAAAACUGAGUUGUUCUCCGUUCAUGAUUACCUGGAAUGUGUUGGCAGACUGCAAGAUCAUGCUGAUGUUGUAGAAGAUGUAAAGAAAGACCUUUUGAUGCAGGCGCCCCCAGUUCACAACAUGGAAGGACUGCAGAUCCAGCUCGAGGAAUGUCAGUCUUUAGAAGCUGAGGUUUCUAAACUGGGCAGUGUCCUAAGAAAGGAUUUGGAGAAAGCCAAACAUCUCCUAAACUCUGCUGACGACGACCAAAUUCCCAAACAGAUUCACCAAGAUUUGGCCUCCACAUAUCUGCAGUUGGAGUCAGAUUUUGCUGCUGUCUCCCAAAUGUCUGCAGAAAGGCAAAGUUCUUUGAUUCAAGUCAUGGAAGCAGAGAAGUCACAAUUGGAGUCAACAUACCAGAAACAUCUUGGCGAUCUUCUUAACGUAACAGACAUGCUUCAAAAUAACUCUGAGAUGUGGGAUGUGAAUUUGGCCGCGUGUGACGUAAACACGUUGAAGCAUAUUAGUCAGCUAAACAUGGACACAAAGAGUCUUCUUUCAAAAGAAACCAGACUCAAAAUGGAAGAUGUUACAUUUGAUAUCCAGUGCUUCAUUUCUGAGAAUGCUCAGUUUCUUAGCCCAGCUCAGAGCAGUUACCUCCUUAAGUUCCUCACCAGCACACAGCGAGCAUUCAGGGAGCAGACAGACAAGCUUGCUACACAGAGGAGCGCCUUAGAUACCCUGCUGGACGCUAAAGAGAAAGAAAAGCAGGACGAGGCCUGCCUUAAGAACGAGCAGUUAGAAAAAGAAACUUUACUGGAGAAGCACAAGGAGUUCACUGAAAAGCUAGAGGAAGUGUGUGAUAACCUCACUCUGACUGAAAACCGACUGAUUGGUCAUCAGCAGCAGGCUGAUAAUGCCGAGAGCGUCACUGAUCUUCAACAGUACCAGCAUGACCACCAGGCUCUGCAGAAAGACGUGCUGACGAAUGCCAGCGCUUUAAAUGAAGUGAUCAUCAGCACUAAGAAGUUUCUGGAGGAAAACCGCAGCAAGCUGACACCUGACAAGAUUGCGAAAAUCGAGAGAAAGUUGGAGGAGGCCAAAAGCAAAGCCGAGCUUAUGAACGAGCGAGCGGAGGAGUCCCGGAAGGAUUUAGAAAAAGUUGUAACGACAGCCAUAAAACAGGAAAGCGAAAAGGCAGCAGCUGUUGAACGGCUUGAAGAGAGUAAAAGCAAAAUUGAAGGUCUUCUGGACUGGAUAUCCAACAUCGGGAAUGAAAACAUGAGGAGUCUGAAUCAGACGGACCAUAUAAGUAAAGAGAACGGGAACUUGCCAGAGGAGACCUCGGCCAAAGGACUGAUAGAGGAUGAUGAUGCCAAUGGAAAUGCUUUGCAGACUUCUGAAAAGGAUUUUGGCAGCGACUCCAAAGAGGAGAACGCUGCAUCCCUGGACCUUGAUAAACAGUACGACCGGGUCAAGGCCCACCAUCAGGAAAUUCUGUCCCAGCAACAGGAUCUGAUCAUGGCCACACGGUCCGCUCAGGCCUUGCUCGACAAACAAGCUAAUAUGUUGUCUCCUGAGGAGAAGGAGAGGCUGCAGAGAAACAUCCAAGACCUGAAGGAGCGCUACGAGGCCUCACUGACUCAGGCUGAACAGCAGAUGAAGCAGGUGCAGUCAGUCCAGGAGGAGGUGAAGAAGUUCAAGGAUGACUGUGAAGAGUUUGAAGACUGGUUGAAGCAGGCAGAAGGAGAGAUCGAAUCUCUGGGAGCUCCUGCAGGUUCCCUUAACAUCCUGAGUGAUAAACUUCAGAAGCAGAACAUUUUCUCAGAGGAUGUCAUUUCGCACAAGGGAGACCUUCGCUUCAUCACGAUGUCAGGACAGAAGGUGUUGGACGUGGCUAAAGCCUGCGGAUUGUCUGAUGUUACUUUUAAGAACACUUUGCUACACGUGGACACUUCAGGGACCUGCACGGCUGUCAAGGAUAAACUGGAUUCAGCAGCCAGUCGGUACAAAACGCUGCAUUCACAGUGCAACCUGCUUGGCAACAACCUCAGGGAAGUGGUUGACAAGUACAAAAAGUACGAUGAUUCAAGUACGGGUCUUCUUAAGUGGCUCAACAACUCAGAGGAAGAGGCGAGAAAGCAGCAGUCAGAAGCCAUCGCAGCUGACCCACAAACACUGCAGAAACAGCUGGAGGAGACCAAGGCUUUACAGGGUCAGAUGAUGGGGCACCAGACGGCCGUUGACAUGUUACAUAAAACAGCCGAGUCAUUAGUGACAUCAGAAGGAAACCUCCUGAGCAACCCGGAUGAGAUACAGGAGACAGUCGAAGACAUUGUGGAGCGCUAUGACAACCUUUCCAAGUCUGUGAGUGACCGAAACGAGAAACUUCAAAUCACCCUGACCCGAUCUAUGAGUGUGCAGGAUGGCUUGGAUGAGAUGAUUGGGUGGAUGGAGGGAGUGGAGGCAAGUGUGAAGGACGAAGACAAAAUACCUUUGGAUUCUACGUCUCUCGGGGACAUGCUCAGUAGAGAAGCAGCAAUAGAGCAGGACAUAGCGAGCCGCCAGAGCAGCAUCUCAGCCAUCAAAGCCAAAGUCAAGAAGUUUGUGGAGACGGCCGAUCCCUCCACUGCUGAGCUCCUGCAGUCAAAGAUGGACGCUCUCUCCCAGCGCUUCUCUGAUGCAUGUGACAGGCACAAGCAGAAAGUUUCCCAACUGGAGCAGCUGAAAGAAAAAGUGGAAGAGUUUGAAAAAGUCACCGAUAAGGUCCAGCAGUUUGUCACGAGGCGGUCACAAGAACUGGAUGAAACAGACGGACCUGGAAAAACCUUUGGUGAACUGUCUCAGCAAAUGCAGAGCACUAAGGCGGAGAUGGCUGAAUAUGCCAGUGAUAUGGAGAAGCUGCAGACUCUGUGCAGAGAGUUGUGUGAAAUAAGCCCGGAUGGAAGCAAAGCUCAACUUCAGAGCAAGAUUGAAAAUGUCUCAAAUAUUUUUAGCACCUUCAAGAACACAGUGAACGAAAAGGAAGAAGAGCUAUCGUCCUGUCAGGACCAGCUGGGAGAGUUCAGGUCUGCGGUCUGCAUGCUCACCAAAUGGCUGGAAGAAACCAAUGACAAAGUGCCUGCCACUCAGCCAAGUAGCAGUGAGAAAAAACUGGAGAAAGACCUGCAGAUAGUCAAUGAGCUGCUUGAUGAAUGGAAAACCAAAGACUCUGCAGUCAAAGACCUGAAUAGUAAAGGGUCGGCGCUGUGCAGCCUGAUCACUUCGCUCACGUCCCCUGCCAGGACAAAGACCCCCAACAAGUCCGCUCUAACUAAUGGUGGUGGUCCAGCAGGCCAUACCUACCUAACCCAUAAAGAACUGAUGGGAAUCCAGCAGAACAUGUCGUUCGUCAGUGAGGGAUACACAAACCUUGGAGAAACACUGAAAAGCCGUGUGGAGCAGCUAAGUAGUGCGCUACAGGAGGUGAAAGAGGCCCAGAAGGGGACAGAGGAGAUGAUGACAUGGCUGAAGGACAUGAAAAAGACGACAUCAUCCUGGAACACUGCAGCAUCUGAGAAGGAUUCUGUGGGGACGCAGCUCGAACAACAGAAGACAUUUGAAGAUGCCAUGAAACAGAAGCAAGAGCAGCUCCAGAAACUAAGAGAGAGGCUUCAGGGUCUGAUCUCAGCUAAUCCACGCUCUCCCGAAGCAGAAAAAUGGAAGAAGAUGCUUGCAGAAAUAGAUGCUGCAUGGACGGAAAUCAGUGGCUCGGUGGAAGAGAGGAAGCAGAACCUGGAAGAGUCCAACAAGAAUCUAGAAAUCUUCCAGACCACAGAGCUGCAGCUCAGCCAGUGGCUCUCAGAGAAGGAGCUGAUGAUGGGUGUUCUUGGACCUCUCUCUAUUGACCCCAACAUGCUUAAAAUGCAGAAGCAACAAGUGCAGAUUCUGCAGAAUGAGUUCAAGAGCCGUAAAGCUCAACACGAGCGACUCGAAGAAGCAGCCUCUGCCAUCCUCAGCUCAGCAGGCAACCAGGAUCCCUCAAGUGGGAAACUGGUGGGGGAAAAACUUGCCUCCAUCUCCCAAAAAUGGCAGGGCCUCACUGGACAGCUGGACCAGCGGGACAGCCUCAUCGACCAAGCGGUGGUGAAGACGGGGCAGUUUCAGGAGCUGCUGAGGAGCCUCAGCAACACGACCACUCAGCUGGAGAAUCAGCUGACCAAUCAUCACAGCAGCAGCACCCAGCCGGACGCCGUGAAGAAGCAGCUGGAAGACGUCCAAAACAUCUCGGCUCAGCUGAGGGAGGAGAGGAGGAAGCUGAAACAAGCUGAGGCCAUCAAUGCGGAGCUCUCAGCGUUGGUGACUGAAGACUAUCUCAAAGCUGACCUGGUUAGGCAACUGGAGAGCGUCAACAAGCCAUUUAAACAGCUGGAGGACAAAGCAGCUAAACGGAUUGAGCAGCUGAACUCGACCUUUGCAAGCUCUCAGCAGUUCCAUCAAACCUCCAAAGACUUCCAAUCUUGGCUGGCCGAGAAGCUCCAGGACCAGUAUGCGUCUCUGCCCAUCUCUGCCAAAGUGGACGUCCUGCAACAAGCUUUGGAGGAGCACACGAAGCACCAGACGUCUCUCAGGGAACACGAAGAAGCUUACAAUGCGAUCAGAGGAAAAGGGGAGACGUUGCUGCAGAGUACUGAUGGGGCGGAAAAGGUGGCGCUACAAGGACAGCUGACUACUUUAUCUUCCAACUGGGAGGAAGUGAAGAAGAGCUCCGCAGAGCAGGCUGACAAACUGAAAUCCGCCCUGCUGAGAUCUCAGAAGUUUCAGGAGAGUGCAGAGAAGCUGAGUUCCUGGAUUCAGGACUGUGCAGCCAGUGAGGGUCGUAUCACGCUCACUGUUGACCCCGCUGCCAUCGAGGGCUCCAUUUCUCAGGUAAAAGCUCUCCAGAAGGAUGUUGACAAGCACAGAGGAUUGGUGGAGCAGCUCAACACAAGUGCCGAAAGCCUUCUGGAGGUUGCCAACACAGACACUGAAGCUAUAACAGAGGAGAAAGACAGUAUUGGUGCAAGACUAGACAAACUGGUGGAAGAACUCCAGGUCAAAAAGGAACACUUGGAGAAAAUCUCGCACACUGUUAAAGAAUUUAAUGAUGCCUACAAAGAGGCACAAAGUCAACUCGAAGGAGCUAAGAAUCAGGUUGAUUCAUUUGAAUCAAAAGGGGUUCAGGCACACAGUAACAAAAGCCUUACAAACUUGAAAGCCCAACAUAAGAGCUUAGAGGCAGUGCAGAACCAAGUGGAGCACAUGAAGACCUUGGCAAAGGACCUUGUAGUAGAUGUCCCUGAUGCUGAAGGAGUGACUGAUCUCCUGCUCCAGACCGAUAGCCUAGAAAAGGACUACAGCAAUCUUAACACAAAACUGGAGGAAGCAUGCCAAGAGCUGGAGAGUAAGCUGCAGGGCAUUGGACAGUUCCAAAACAGCAUUCGUGAGAUGUUUACCCGUUUCACUGAACUGGACGACGAGCUCGACAACAUGUCUCCAGUGGAUUUAGACCUGGCCACCCUUAAAGAGCAACAGCAGAGCAUUCAGAAUUUCACAGCGAAGCUGCGGGAGCUGAUGGCCAACACAUCAAACGCUGGGGACAGUUGUAAGAAAAUGCUGAAUGAGUCUGACUCUUCGCCGGACCUGUUGGGCCUGAAGCGGGACCUGGACGCUUUGAGCAAACAGUGCAGCAAACUCAUGGACCGAUCCAAGGCGAGAGAAGUCCAGGUGCAAAGUACUCUUGCCAAGCUGGAGGAACUGUAUGAUAAAGUGCAUCACGUGGGAGAUAAACUGCUCAGAGCUGUGGCCAGGGAGGCUUCCCAGGAGGCGGUCAGCCUGGAGACAGACGUGAUCAACCAACAGCUGGAUGCUGUAAAGGCUUUCCAGAAAGAAGACAUUGAUCCACUGCAGACGCAGCUCCAUGACAUCAACUCACUUGGGCAGGGCCUUAUCCAGAACGCUGCAAAAGGCACCAGCACCAAAAAAAUUGAGGAUGACCUGGACGGCAUCAACUCUAAGUGGAAUACUCUUAAUAAGAAGGUUGCUGAGCGUUCAGCACAGUUGCACGAAGCCCUGCUUCACUGCGGAAGAUUCCAGGAUGCUCUGGAGUCCCUUCUCAGCUGGUUGACCGAUACAGAAGAGCUUGUUGCUAACCAGAAGCCUCCUUCUGCUGAAUUCAAAGUGGUGAAGGCACAGAUUCAAGAGCAGAAACUCCUGCAGAGACUGCUGGACGACCGAAAGCCAACCGUGGAGCUCAUAAAAAAUGAGGGAGGAAAGGUUGCAGAACUGGCAGAGGCUGUGGACAAGGAAAAGAUCACCAAAGAGAUUGAAUGCUUGGGAGAGAGGUGGGACAAUCUGCUCAAGAAAGCUGAAAACAGGCAAAAGCAACUGGAAAGCAUCUUGGUGGUCACCCAGCAGUUUCAUGAGACUCUGGAGCCACUGACCGAGUGGCUCACGGCCACAGAGAAACAUCUGGCCAAUUCUGAGCCAAUUGGUACUGAGACAUCCAAGUUAGAGGAUCAGAUCACUCAGCAUAAGGGCUUAGAAGAGGAGAUUAUGGGUCACAGUAGAGACCUGUGUCAGGCGGUCAGUCUGGGGCAGAUGCUUAAAGCUGUGAGCUCGGUGGAAGAGAAGGAGUUUGUCCAGUCCAGACUGGACGCCACCCAGGCCAGUUACAUAGAGCUCCAGGAGCGAUGCAGGAGAAAAGCAGACAUGCUGCAGCAAGCUCUGGCCAACGCCCAGUUGUUUGGAGAGGACGAAGUGGCCCUCAUGAACUGGCUCAGCGAGGUGCACUCCAAGCUAGAGGAAGUUUCUGCGGCGGACUACAAACCUGACGUUCUUGAAAGGCAGUUGGCAGAACAGCGGACGCUGCAGAGUGAUAUUGAGUUAAGGAAGAAAAAUGUUGACCAAGCCAUCUCCAAUGGACUGGAGCUUCUGAAGCAAACAACAGGAGACGAGGUGGUCAUCAUCCAAGGCAAAUUGGACGGAAUAAAAACAAAGUAUGCUGAGAUUAACUCCAUGAGUGACAAUGUUUUGAAGACGCUGGAGCGGGUUUUGAGUCUCUCCAAUAGGUUAGCGUGCACUCAUGAGGACCUGAACACCUGGUUAGAGACGGCUGAGGCUGAAAUGAAGGAAUUUGCUGAUCAGGAGCCAAUGGGCGAGCAUUUGAUUCAUUCACAAAACAGACAGAAAGCCUUAAUGAAAGAGACUAAAGACCAAAAGCCUGUCUUGGAGAAGCUAAAUGAGCUCAGCAGUUCACUCCUGGACCUGAUCCCAUGGCACACCCGGGAAAGUUUGGACAAACUGGUGACUGAAGAUAAUGAGCGGUACAGAGUCGUUUGUGACACCAUCACACAGCAGGUCGACAAGAUCAACGCUGACAUCCACAAGUCUCAGCAGUUUGAGCAGGCUGCAGAUAACGAACUCUCCUGGCUGGCUGAUGCUGAGGGGAAGCUGCUGUCGAUGGGUGAGAUAAGGCUGGAGCACAACCAAACUACAGCGCAGCUCCAAGCACAAAAGAAUAUGUCUAUGGAUAUCAUGAAGCACAAAGAUGCUGUGGAUGAGAUUGUAAAAACUGGAAGAGCCAUCAUGAGCAGCAAAAACUCAGAAGAGAAAGAAGCUUUGAAGGCCAAGACCGAGAGUCUCUUGGAGAAAUACGGGAUUGUCAGCCAGCUGAAUUCAGAGCGCUAUCUCCAGCUGGAGCGAGCGCAGUCUCUGGCUGGGCAGUUUUGGGAGACCUACGAAGAAAUGUGGCCGUGGCUGCAAGAAACAUUGAGCACCUUCAGCCAGCUGCCCCUGCCCGCCAUCGAAUAUGAAAUGCUCAGACAGCAACAGGAGGAGCUCAGGCAAAUGCGAGAGCUAAUUGCCGAGCACAAACCUCAUAUCGACAAGAUGAAUAAGACGGGUCCACAGUUGCUUGAACUGAGCCCCGUGGAGGGAGUUCCCAUCAGAGAGAAAUACACGACGGCCGACCAGCUGUACACCAAACUCAAGGCUGAUGUGAAGGAGAGAGCAGCCAGUUUGGAUGAAGCCAUCUCCAAAUCCACGCAGUUCCACGAUAAGAUUGACCCCAUGCUGGAGUCCUUGGAGCGGAUUGCUGAACGCCUGCGCCAGCCUCCGUCCAUCUCUGUGGAAGUGGACAAGAUCAAGGAACAGAUUACUGAAAACAAGGCUGUUUCUGUGGAUCUGGAGAAACUGCAGCCAGUCUAUGAGACGCUGAAGCAGCGAGGUGAAGAGAUGAUUGCACGAGCCGAAGGAGCAGACAAGGACAUAUCUGCCAAAGCUGUCCAAGACAAACUGGACCACAUGGUGUUCCUGUGGAACAACAUCCAGGUCUUGCUGGAGGAGCGGGAAGCGAAGCUGCUGGAUGUGAUGGACCUAGCAGACAAGUUCUGGUGUGACCACUGCGCUCUCAUCGUCACUAUCAAAGACAGCCAGGACCUGCUGAGGGAGCUGGAGGAGCCCGGAGUCGACCCCUCAGUUGUCAAGCAGCAGCAGGAAUUUGUGGAGGGCUUUAAGGAGGAAAUCGAUGGGCUUCAGGAGGAACUUGAUGUGGUUCGGAACCAGGGUGCAGAGCUUAUGACUGCUUGCGGAGAACCUGACAAACCUGUCAUAAAGAAAAGUGUGGAUGAGGUGAAUUCGGCAUGGGAGAAUCUCAACAAGACUUGGAAAGAACGAGUAGAGAGGCUGGACGAAGCCAUGCAGGCAGCUGUGCAGUUUCAGGAUGGACUGCAGGGCAUGUUUGACUGGGUGGAUAUACUGGAAAACAAACUGGAUUCAAUGUCACCCGUAGGCACAGAUUUGGAGACAGUCAAGCAGCAGAUUGUAGAACUCAAGGAGUUCAAAGGAGAGGCGUACCAGCUUCAGAUCGAAAUGGAGCGGCUGAACCACCAGGCCGGCCUCCUUCUGAAGAAGGUGACCGAGGAGGCCGACCGCUGCGCCAUCCAGGAGCCGAUGUCUGAACUCAAGAUGCUCUGGGACAACCUGGAUGAGAAGAUCAUCAGCCGACAGCACAAACUGGAGGGGGGGCUGCUGGCACUGGGCCAGUUCCAGCAUGCACUGGAUGAGCUGCUGGCCUGGAUGAGCCACACGGAAGAGCUGCUGAACGAACAGAGAAAAGCGGCAGGAGACCCCAAAGCCAUCGAGAUAGAGCUCGCCAAGCAUCAUGUGCUCCAGAUAGAUGUGUUAGCCCACAAGGCGACCGUGGAGACGGUGAACAAGGCUGGUAAUGAGCUGGUGGAGUCCAGUGCCGGAGAGGAAGCCUCCAGUCUGCAGAGCAAACUGGAGAAUCUGAACCAGAGGUGGAAGGCCAUCCUGGAGAAGACGGACCAGAGGAAGCAACAGCUAGAAGCGUCUCUGCUUCAGGCCCAAGGUUUCCAUGGCGAGAUAGAAGAUAUGCAGCAAUGGCUGAAAGACACAGAACGUCAGCUGUUGGCAUCAAAGGCUGUGGGAGGUUUACCAGACACGGCGCGGGAGCAGCUUAACGCCCAUCUGGAGUUGUGUUCUACCUUUGAGGCCAAGGAGGAGCUUUAUAGGGAGCUGCUAAACAAAGGUGGCCAGCUGCUUGCCAUGUCGCCUCAGGGCCCGGACAGCAACACGGAGCAGGACCUCGCCAGCCUGAAGGAGAAAUGGGAAGCCGUGCAGGCAAAGGUCACUGAGAGGAAGGCAAAACUUGAAGAAGCUUUAACACUGGCCACAGAUUUCCACAACUCUCUUCAGGACUUCAUUGUUUGGCUAACCCAGGCCGAACAGACGCUGAACAUGGUUUCUCCUGCUUCCCUCAUCCUGGAGACCAUCAUGUUUCAAAUUGAUGAGCAUAAGAUGUUUGUGACCGAGGUGAACUCACACAGAGAGCACAUCAUCGAGCUGGACAAGGCGGGCACGCAUCUGAAGUACUUCAGCCAGAAACAGGACGUGGUGCUGAUCAAGAACCUCCUGCUCAGCGUGCAAGGCCGCUGGGAGAAGCUGGUGCAGAGGUCUGUGGAGCGAGGUCGCCUGCUGGAUGACGCCAGGAAGAGGGCGAAGCAGUUCCACGAAACCUUCAACAAACUCACGGAGUGGUUGGAUGAAUCCGAGAAGGCCCUGGACUCUGAAGUGGAAAUUGCCAAUGAUCCUGACAAAAUCAAGAUGCAGCUGACACAGCAUAAGGAGUUCCAGAAAGCUCUGGGUAGCAAACACUCUGUGUACGACACCACUGCUCGAACCGGACGGGCCCUGAAAGACAAAACCGCUCUUAAAGAUGAUAAGCAGAAAUUGGACGACAUGUUGAGCGAACUGAGAGAUAAGUGGGACACUGUUUGUGGAAAGUCAGUGGAAAGACAAAACAAGCUGGAGGAGGCCUUGCUGUUCUCGGGUCAGUUUACGGAUGCCCUCCAAGCACUCAUCGACUGGCUGUAUAAAGUGGAACCUCAGCUGGCUGAGGACCAGCCAGUACACGGAGACAUUGACCUGGUUCUCAAUCUGAUAGACAACCACAAGGUUUUCCAAAAGGAGCUGGGAAAGCGGACAGUGAGCGUUCAGGCUCUCAAGCGUUCUGCGAGAGAGCUGGUCGAAAACAGUCAUGAUGACUCCUCCUGGGUCAAAGUUCAGAUGCAGGAGCUUAGCACUCGCUGGGAUACUGUGUGCAACCUGUCUGUAUCAAAGCAGACUCGGCUGGAGCAGGCCUUGUGCCAGGCCGAGGAAUUUCACUCUACUGUUCAUAUCCUGCUGGAGUGGCUGGCUGAGGCCGAGCAGAGUCUACGUUUUCAUGGUAACCUCCCAGAUGAUGAGGAAGCUCUGCGAACGCUGAUUGAACAACACAAGGAGUUAACUAAAAAGCUGGAAGAAAAGCGAGUCGCUCUGAACAAAGCGCCCAGUAUGGGGGAGGCUAUUCUCAGCAUAUGCCAUCCAGACUCCAUCACAACCAUUAAGCACUGGAACACCAUCAUUAAGGCCAGGUUUGAAGAGGUGCAGGCCUGGGUGAGGCAGCACCAGCAGCGACUGGCCAUGGCGCUUACCGAGCUGCUGGCCACUCAGGAACUGCUGGAGAAUUUGCUGACCUGGCUGCAGUGGGCUGAGACCAACCUGAACAACAAAGACAAAGAGACAUUGCCUCAGGAAAUUGAAGAAAUCAAAAGCCUCAUAGCAGAACACCAGACCUUCAUGGAGGAAAUGACCAGAAAGCAGCCAGAUGUUGACAAAAUCACUAAAACACAUAAAAGGAAGCCAGCUCUGGAGCCCCAAAUCCAGUCACACAUCCCUGUGCUAGACAAAGGACGAGCUGGAAGAAAACGCUCUCCCACACAAGCUAUGUAUGCAUCAACGACACAAGCUCCAAUUGAAACCAAGAACCCUCGAGUUAACCUGCUAGUUACGAAGUGGCAGCAUGUGUGGCUGCUGGCGUUGGACCGAAGAAGGAAACUCAACGAUGCAUUGGACAGACAGGAGGAGUUAAAGGAAUUUGCAAACUUUGACUUUGAUGUGUGGAGGAAACGCUACAUGCGCUGGAUGAAUCACAAAAAGUCUCGAGUCAUGGACUUCUUCCGCCGCAUUGACAAGGACCAGGAUGGCAAAGUGACCCGACAGGAGUUCAUAGAGGGAAUACUCUCAUCCAAAUUCCCGACCAGCCGCCUGGAGAUGAGCGCCGUGGCAGACAUAUUCGACAGAGACGGUGACGGUUACAUUGACUACUACGAGUUUGUGGCGGCUCUUCAUCCGAACAAAGAUGCCUACAAGCCGUUGACAGAUGCGGACAAAAUUGAAGAUGAGGUUACCCGUCAAGUCGCAAAAUGCAAAUGUCCAAAAAGAUUCCAAGUAGAGCAGAUUGGAGCAAAUAAAUACAGGUUCUACCUUGGAAAUCAGUUUGGUCUGGUUCACUGCUUACAUGACUCCCUAAUGGGCGAUGAGACAAUAGCAAACAGGGAAAAUCAAAAUCUUACCCACCACCUACACGUUGAGGUUUUGGAAAGCUGUAUUCUGUUUGGAGACUCUCAGCAGCUGCGUCUCGUGCGAAUUUUGCGCAGCACCGUAAUGGUGCGGGUGGGUGGAGGCUGGAUGGCUCUGGAUGAGUUCCUUGUGAAGAACGACCCCUGUCGAGUCCAUCACCACGGGAGCAAAAUGUUGCGCUCGGAAUCAAACUCUUCAAUUACUCAGUCUCCUAUAGGUUGGCAAAUCUCACACUUUCUCACCUUGCUCCAUGAACCCACUGGCGCUAAAGGCCGGACCAACAUGGAGCUCCGUGAGAAAUUCAUCCUCCCGGAGGGAGCAACACAAGUAAUGGCGAGCUUCCGCUACAGAGGCCGGAGGUCUCGGCCGUCGUCCAGAGGAGCCUCUCCCAACAGAUCCACCUCAAGUCAGAGCUGCGCAGUUCCAACAAAUCCAGCUGCCACCAGCACUCCGAAGACUCAACACUUUGCCCGCAAUUAUGAUAAGCCAUGGCUUACAAACAGCAAACCCUCCACUCCUCUUAAAUCAUCAGACUCCUUUGAGAGCCAAGGUUCAUCCUCAGAGGGCACAGCAGUUCAAGGGAGCAAACUGCGUCUUCCAGGCUAUUUAUCUGGCAAAGGAUUUCAAUCAGGUGAAGAGGGAACCUUGAUCAACAAUGCUGUACUGAAAGCACGAGCACAGACGAUUGGAGAACCAAGAAGAAAUUCCAGCCGACCAGGAAGUAAAGCCGGCAGCAGAGGCAGCAGUCGCAGAGGGAGCGACGCCUCUGACUUUGACAUCUCAGACAUCCAGUCUGUGUGUUCAGACGUGUCGGAGACGGUUGGCGAUUCCGCGCGAGCAACUCCGCGCUCUGCGUCCCGCCAACAUGGAGGAAAACCAUCCAAGAUCCCUACUCCUCAAAGGAGAACCGCUUCCAAAAGCAAACUGGCCAAGGGAUCCAAGCGAUAGUCAGUGGCCUUUAAAACAAUGACCCUGGAGCUAGUUGCACCCUAAAACACAUACUGGACACUGUCGAUGUCUACCUUAAGAGACUGCAAAUUUGUUGAGUGUUAUUUAAUUUGUUGGGAAGAUGUAAAAUAUUCUGUUAAGAGGCAAUAUGAUUUAAUAUAGUGUGCGAAUGGAUUGUUGAUGGCCCUGUGUGUGUUGGUUUUUUAAUGUAUGUUAUUUUUUCUGAAAC